GCGGCUGGGGCUGACUCGGCCCCCAAGGCGCGCGUGACCGUCGUCGUUAUAGUCUCUGCCGGGACCGACGCUCUCCCGCCACGACCUGCGGCCGCGAUGCUGGCGCUACGCUGCGGCCCCCGCCUGCUCGGCCUGCUCCCUCUCCCGCGCUCCGCGCCGCUGCGCCUCCCCGCGGCCCGCGCCUGCAGCAGCGGCGGCGGCGCCGGCGACCCGUCCCCCUCCUCCCGGAACCCGCUCGUGUACCUGGACGUGGGCGCCGACGGGCAGCCGCUCGGCCGCGUGGUGCUGGAGCUGAAGGCAGAUGUCGUCCCAAAGACAGCAGAGAACUUCAGAGCCCUGUGUACCGGGGAGAAGGGCUUUGGCUACAAAGGCUCCACCUUUCACAGAGUGAUUCCGUCCUUCAUGUGCCAGGCGGGCGACUUCACCAACCACAAUGGCACCGGGGGAAAGUCCAUCUACGGAAGCCGCUUUCCCGAUGAGAACUUCACGCUGAAGCACGUGGGACCAGGCGUCCUGUCCAUGGCGAAUGCAGGCCCCAACACCAAUGGCUCCCAGUUCUUCAUCUGCACCAUAAAGACAGACUGGUUGGACGGCAAGCAUGUGGUGUUUGGCCAUGUCAAAGAGGGCAUGGAUGUCGUGAAGAAAAUAGAGUCUUUCGGUUCCAGGAGUGGGAAGACGUCCAAGAAGAUUGUCAUCACAGACUGCGGCCAGCUGAGCUAAGCUGCCGCGAGCAGGGCGUGAGGCUGGCGCAGCCGUGCCUGCGUGGGCCCCCUUGGGGGGCCCCGCCGCGGGCUCCCGCGGACUUGUCUGUCCUUGUCCCACAUCGCUGUGAGGAUGUCCGAUCUCCACGGGGCCCACCCUCCCCCAGCACCCCGUUUCUGGCAUCCAUCACGGACGUGCUGCCAUCCAGCCUUACCUGUGCUCUCCCCAGCCCACGUUCACCUGUGCCUUGGACAUUAGGGGUGGCGAAGGGUUAGCUUCAGGUUUCUGCCUUUUCCUUGACCGACGGGGGAAAGGCAGCCACUGCCAAAGGGCCACUGUAUCUGUUUCAUGUCCUCUUCUAACUGGGAUAACUCGAUUAACGAGAUCACCUGGAGGUGAAGCUGUGACAGCCCUCUCUGCUGUGGAAUGACCUCACUCGGUGGCGGAAGCCACCCAACCCCAGAGCUUGGCCUUUGGAACGUAAUCGGGGCUUUCGUGAAGGGUCCUCGGCCAAGGCCUUUCGUCCCGGCCACUGUGAAUCCUGUUGUUCGCUGCCGCGGUUUCUGAGGAGAGUCCAUGAGGGGAGAAGCAGCCAAACCCAGGACAAACCCACUGCGAGCUGUGCCUAGUUGGUGAAUCGGGGACAGUGGAGAUGGCGCGUCGGUGCCCGGUGCUCCGGAAGACCGUCGGCGUGUAUUUCCUAGAGGGCUUUGAUCUUUCUGUUUAAUAAAUCUACUGAUGGUGUAUAUAAUUCACUUCUGGGGCAUUUAUUUGUGUUCACUCUAAAUGUGAAAAUAAAUCCUAUUUUCUAUAAAA